CUCACACGUUACUCACCUCAGUCUCUCUCUCUCUCUCUCUCUCUCUCUCUGCAACACAACCGAAAAGCCUCUCAACUACCUUCAAUGGCGGAACAACCACCACCACACAUAGUCAUUCUUCCGACUCCCGGAAUGGGUCACCUCAUCCCACUGGCCGAGUUCGCCAAGCGACUCGUCCUCCACCACCACUUCUCCGCCACUUUCCUCAUCCCCACCGACGGUCCUCUCUCCUCCACCCAAAAGUCCUUCCUCGAAGCCCUUAUUCCCUCCGGCAUUUCCCACCUCCUUCUCCCUCCUAUCAACCUCUCCGACUUACCCGACCACGUCCAUAUCGAGACCCGAAUCUCCCUCACCGUCACCCGCUCUCUCCCCUCUCUCCGCCAAGCUUUGCAAUCCAUGCUUUCCACUACCCGAUUAGCCGCCUUCGUCGUCGAUCUUUUCGGCACCGAUGCUUUCGAUUUAGCCUUUGAAUUCAAUGUCUCUCCAUUCAUCUUCUUCCCAUCAACUGCCAUGGCUCUCUCUGUGUUUCUUCACCUGCCAAUUCUUGACGGGUCAGUUUCUUGCGAGUACAGGGACCUGCCCGACCCGAUUCAAAUUCCGGGUUGUAUUCCAAUCCAUGGGAAGGAUCUGUUGGACCCGGUUCAGGACCGCACCAACGAUUCCUACAAAUGGGUUCUUCAUCAUGCAAAACGGUACCGUUUGGCUGAGGGUGUGAUGGUUAAUAGCUUCAUGGAGUUGGAACCUGGAGCCAUUACAGCUUUGCAAGUGGAAGAACCCGGGAAACCGCCUGUUUACCCGGUUGGGCCGCUCAUACAGUUGAGUUCGGAUAGACCCGUUGAGGAUGGGUCGGGUUGUUUGAAGUGGUUGGAUGAUCAGCCACGUGGCUCUGUCUUGUUCAUCUCGUUUGGGAGUGGUGGGACCCUCUCAUAUGAUCAGCUCAUUGAGCUUGCUUUCGGAUUGGAAAUGAGUGAACGGAGCUUCUUGUGGGUUGUUAGAAGCCCAAAUGAUAAAAUUGCCAAUGCGUCAUUCUUUAGUGCCAAUAGCCAAAAUGACCCUUUUGCUUUCUUGCCAAAGGGGUUCAUAGAUAGGACCAAAGGGUUUGGGUUAGUGGUGCCAUCUUGGGCACCACAAGCUCAAAUUUUGAGUCAUGGCUCGACUGGGGGAUUCUUGACCCACUGCGGUUGGAACUCCACUUUAGAGAGUGUGGUUCAUGGUGUUCCGCUAAUUGCUUGGCCACUCUACGCAGAGCAAAAAAUGAAUGCUGUGAUGUUAACGAAAGAUAUAAAAGUGGCAUUGAGGCCAAGAGUUGGUGAGAAUGGCUUAAUUGAUCGACUUGAGAUUGCAAAAGUUGUAAAGGGUUUAAUGGAAGGAGAAGAAGGGAAGCAUGCUUGUAGCCGAAUGUCCGACUUAAAGGAUGCUGCUGCAAAGGCAAUAAGUGACGAUGGGACUUCCACAAAGUUGCUCGCCAAGUUGGCUCAAAAAUGGAAGAGCAAGAUUAGUAAUUAGAUUAGCAAUAAUUUAUUUAAUAUUUUCAAAAUAUCGUGACGUGUGAAUAUGAAGCUAUUAAUUAAUAAGGCCACACAAAAGAAGAUGGAUAUGAUUGACCUUAUCUCCCAUCCAAUCAAUUAAAAUGGGUUAGGUUAGCUCUGCUUAUCUUAUUGCUAUUGCUAUUGCUAUAAUUGUUUCUGAAACACCGCAACAACCUAUUGUGUUGUUAAAUAAUUACUACUUAAACGUAAGUUAUUUAUAUUUUUUUAAAUGCACAUAAUGUACUAUUCAGACCUACGAUUGGACGGCAUAGGAUUCUCUUUGCCAAAUAUGUUUGUCCCCUUCAUAGU